GGCCGCGGGCGGCGCGUAGGGCGGCGACGGGCGCCCGAGGACCUGCCGGCGGCUCCAGCGCAGCUCCAGCGCCCGCGGCCGCCCGAGGCCGGCAGGAGGGACGAUGAAAGUGAGGUCAGCCGGCGGCGACGGAGAUGCCUUGUGCGUCACAGAAGAGGAACUGGCUGGUGAAGAGGAGGACAUGCCAACCUUCCCGUGCACCCAGGAGGGCCGGCCAGGGCCCCGCUGCAGCCGCUGCCAGAGGAACCUGUCCUUGCACACGUCCGUGCGGAUCCUUUACCUCUUCCUGGCCCUGCUCCUGGUGGCCGUGGCCGUGCUGGCCUCUCUGGUGUUCAGGAAGGUGGACGCUCUCUCGGAAGACAUCUCCUUGGCCCAGGCCGUAUAUGACAAGAAGCUUGUGUCGAUGCAGGAGAAUCUCCAGGGACUGGAUCCAAAAGCCCUGAACAACUGCUCUUUCUGCCACGAAGCCAGACAGCUGGGGCCAGAGAUCCGAAAACUGCAGGAGGAGCUGGAGGGAAUUCAGAAGAAGCUUCUAGCCCAGGAGGUGCAGCUGGACCAGACCUCUCAGGCCCAUGAACUGCUCUCCAGCACCAGCAGGCAAAUCUCCCAGGAGAUGGGCAGCUGCUCCUUCUCCAUCCACCAGGUCAACCAGUCUCUGGGGCUCUUCCUGACCCAGGUGAGAGGUUGGCAGGCCACCACUGCUGGCCUGGACCUCUCUCUGAAGGACCUCACCCAGGAGUGCUAUGACGCCAAGGCUGCGGUGCACCAGAUCAACUUCACGGUGGGGCAGACUUCCGAGUGGAUCCACGGAAUCCAGCGAAAGACGGAUGAGGAGACCCUGACCCUGCAGAAGAUUGUCACCGACUGGCAGAACUACACCCGGCUCUUCAGCGGCCUGCGCACCACCUCCACCAAGACCGGGGAGGUGGUCAAGAGCAUCCAAGCCUCCCUGGGGGCCUCGUCCCAACGCAUCAGCCAGAACGCCGAGAGCAUGCACGACCUGGUGCUGCAGGUCAUGGGCUUGCAGCUGCAGCUGGAUAACAUCUCGUCCUUCCUGGACGACCACGAGGAGAACAUGCACGACCUCCAGUACCACACCCGCUACGCCCAGAACCGCACCGUGGAGAGGUUCGAGUCGCUGGAAGGGCGCAUGGCGUCUCACGAGAUCGAAAUCGGCACCAUCUUCACCAACAUCAAUGCCACCGACAACCACGUGCACAGCAUGCUCAAGUACCUGGACGACGUGCGGCUCUCCUGCACGCUGGGCUUCCACAGCCACGCCGAGGAGCUCUACUACCUGAACAAGUCGGUCUCCCUCAUGCUGGGCACCACGGACCUGCUCCGGGAGCGCUUCGGGCUGCUCAGCGCCCGGCUGGACCUCAAUGUGCGGAACCUCUCCAUGAUCGUGGAGGAGAUGAAGGCCGUGGACACGCAGCACGGAGAGAUCCUCCGCAACGUCACCGUCCUCCGAGGUGCCCCCGGCCCUCCAGGACCAAGAGGAGUCAAAGGAGACGGGGGCGUGAAAGGGCCUGCUGGCAGCCGAGGACCCAAAGGAGACCCGGGCAGCUUGGGCCCCCCAGGACCCCAGGGCCCUCAGGGGAAUCCCGGAGAAGCUGGACCUGUGGGAGAAAGGGGACCGGUUGGCCCUCGAGGGUUCCCGGGCCUCAAAGGCUUAAAGGGCAGCUUUGGAAAUGGAGGCCCGAGGGGACAGCCAGGCCCCAAAGGGGAUGUGGGGCCCCCAGGGCCAGAGGGGCCCCCAGGAUCUCCAGGGCCAGAGGGGCCUCAGGGAAAACCAGGGAUCGCAGGGAAGACAGGGUCUCCAGGCCAGCGGGGGGCCAUGGGCCCUAAGGGUGAACCAGGGAUCCAGGGGCCCCCCGGCCUCCCGGGGCCCCCAGGCCCACCAGGAAGCCAGAGCUCCUACUGAGGAGGGUCCCUGGACCGGACACUGCCACACAGAAUGCCAAAGGGGGCUCAGGGUAGCGGGAGCUCCCCAAGAAAACGUCUCCUACAGAUAGUUGUGGUCCUUUGAUUCUGAAGAGGGGUCUCCCAGGGCUGACCCUACAGCUGUGGGCUCCCCCAUAGUGACCGUGCCAUAGGAAAGCAGCCCCCUCCACGCACACGCACACGCACACGCACACUGCCUUGCUGGCUGGGGGGCUGGGCAGGAGGAGAAGGCAGAAGAAGGCCCCCUCUCCUGUGACUGAGCCUGCUGGGGAGGUGGCUACCUCGGGGGGAAUGUCUCGGGUCUGUCUCUGAACGUGACCGGCUCUGUCACACCCAGCAGCGUCCUGGGGCUCCCUGUGGUUGACAAGACCCAAGGAGACCUCUGCAGGGUGUUGUGGUCAAAACUCCAGAGAUAAGGCGGAUCUGGCAACCUCAUGACCCUCCCCAUCCUGGUGGAGACAGAGUCCUUGGGAAGCUACCCCACCUCCCACCGUGGGCCUGGGAAGUGCAACAUGUUCUCUUCACGUGUCCAGAAAAUUCCUCUUUUCAUCCUCACCUCUGCCUCUCAGGAACGGCCUGGAUGGAAUCCAAGCAGGAGUUUUAUCAUCAUGGGGUGACCCUGCAGGCCCCAGAACAUUCUGCCUGCAUGGUCCCCAGCACACAGGGAGCCCCAGGCGGGACACAGAGGCGGGCGAGAAGGUUCUCUCUGCACAGCUGCCUCCCUUGCCGCCCUUCCCCAGGCUGGGCUGCCCCGUUCCCCGAGGGGGCUCCUCUAGGGUGGCAGGAAGACCAGGCCGCAGGAGGGCCGACCUCUCAGAACAGGGCGACUCUCCUGCCCAUGGGCACACGCUGACCUCGUCCCACGAGGACCCAGAAUGGCCCAGAGGGUGUCCGUGUCAGCAGCCAGCUGGACUAGGAGUGGGAGGGGCCUGGACACCCACGAGAGGCCCCCCUCUGCCAUCACCCCUCGGCCCCGGCCAACUUCCUGUGCACACUGGCUGAAAGGGGCGCUGGGAAGUCACCCUGCAGGCUGGAGGUCUCCCACUGGCUACACUCGCUGUAACCUGCCUGCCUUUAUGUUCAAACCGAUUCAGACCAGCCCUGGGCUGGGGGCGUGGAGCUGUCUCCUCCCCAACACGGACUCAGAGACCAGCCCUUCCCCGCUCAAAGCCUUUCUGUCCCCUUCCUUACUGUCCUGGACGUGCAACUGGCUUGCACUGCCUGCCCGCCCCACGGCUGUGUAACUCCCGUCUACAUACGAUAAUAUCACGCGACAUAGUAUUACUGACUCAGUAAAGAGCUGUUUCCAGGA